AUGAUCGCGCCAAUACUCAACCAAAGAUGUUGUGAGCUUCCCAGAACUGCUGCAGGUGAUCACCACAUUCGACGUCUUGAUACGAUGCGAGCGAAUAUUGUCACUCAGGCGCCCUUGAAUGAAGCCGAUGCAAGAGCGUUUCAGAAACUAUUGUUAGAGGAACAAAGUAGCACACCGCUCAUAUCAAAAGAAACAACGACACUGCUCUCUCAUCGCAAAUCACCAUCGUCCAAUUUUGUUUCUGCAUUAUUAUUACCAUCUAAUCAAACGCAAGAGAGUUGUUCUAAUAAUGAAGUGAUGGUUAAAGCAUCUCAGGAACAACGACAGACGCACCGUAUCGCCACUCAGAGUAAAAUAGAACUUCCUUCGUCUUCAACAUCGCCACCCGUUUUCGUUAAUCUACAUUCAUCUGAACACCAACAUUCAAAACGUAAACACUCACGAUCAUCAUCAACAUCAGGCACAAGUCAAAAAAGAAGGCCUAAGUUAUUUAAACCAACAACAAUCACAAUUAAUCUUGAUAAUCAACAAAGUAGACGAGAUAAAAACGAAGAGGGCGAAUGCAAACAAAGCGAAGAUGAGACCGAUGAAACGCACAUAUCGGACGACGCAGAUUCAGUUAUUGAACAUCAACAGUCAGCAGAAAUAACGACGACGGAUAAUCUACUCGUAAAAUCAGCAUUAGCUGCACAGGAAGUUCAUCAAUCUUCAGCAUCAAAGAGAGAUAGAUUAAAAAUUUUACAGCUUAAACAAAAAGUAAUCAACUUAGAGGAUAAAUUGUCCACUCAAAAGAUGAAAAAUCAGCAACAACAACAAGAAAAUGAACAUCUUAAGCGAAAUAGUAUAGCUCGCCAGUUUAUUGGUUACUUACAUAAAGAAACGAUUUUUGGUGCGAAUAGUUGCUUGAACAAUCAAGCUGAAAAUUUUAAUGUAAAAUCGGACGCGGAAUAUCUUGGUUUAACAUUGGAAGAAGUUGAGUCAUGUCGUCAUCAUAACAAUAUUAACUCAAUAGCUCGACAUCUUUUCUUGGCCGUGUUUCCAGGAUUUGAGAAAAAUCCAGUAGCCUAUGAGCAAUGGGUGAAGUUGGACGACGAAGACGCAGAUAAAUUUGAAUAUUUAUUCGUUUUUGGUACCAAGUAUUUUAAUUGGAAUCGAUUGACUACACGAGCAAGUGUCAUUGGAAAAAUGAAAGAAUUAAAGCGUAAAUAUGAUGAACGAAAAAAAGCUGAUGCCGAACUACGUUGA